UAACAUUUCGUAUGCAGCAGGAUAUAAAUAUUAUUUUCACAUCAAGUCAAAUCAACUCCAGAGUUGUGUAGUAAAUAUGUAAGCCGUGCAUUUUAUUUCGCCGGCAAGACCAGUCAACAUCCACCUUUCUGAAGUUUUGAUCAUCAUGUUUGCAUUCCAUUUUCUUUUGAUUUUAAUAUUUUUGGAAGCAGGGUUGAAAUUUGGCCGAUUGGUCCAAGGUACGCUCACGGAUGAUUUGAACGAUGACGAAACCCUUCCUCAAAAUCUGAAUGAUCACUUCGAACGCGUGGUCAGCCAUUUAGAAAAAAUCCCCACGAAGGUUGAUUUUGCCGCUUUGGAGGCCAGAUUUCACGAGAAAUUGAAACGUUUAGAAGCCGCUAAUGAUUCAAACUUAAACGAGACAUGCAAGUUCGUAGUAGAGCUUCAACUGGAACAGGCCGCCAUCUUGGCAGAUAUCAGAUCCACGAGUUCCAGGAUGUCUCAAAAUAUUAGCGCCAUCUUGACGGAGUUUGUGUCCUUGAAAAAUAAAGUUGACUUUGAAACAGCGAAACAUUCCUCAAAAUGUGGGGAUGAUGCCGGCCUGGCAGACACUAAAUUUCGCUCUAAAAAACUGGUCUGCGACAAUGAAUGGGUCAUAAUUCAAAGAAGGGGUACCCCAACUCCGCGAUGGAAGGAAAGGACGGAUUUCGAAAGAAUUUGGGAAGUUUAUGAAAAUGGAUUUGGCAGUCUUGACGGAGAUUUCUGGCUCGGUUUAGAAACCAUUCAUGGCCUCACGUUGGAAGGAUAUACACAGUUACGCGUGGACCUCGAAGACUGGGAGGGGAACAAGAAGUACGCGAUUUAUGACGUCUUCAGAGUUGCUGAUGCCCAGGAGAAGUACAACUUAACGGUGGAUGGAUACUGGGGAACGGCAGGCGAUUCAUUCAGCUAUAAUGAUGGCAAGGAGUUUAGUACAUAUGAAAAUGACAACGAUAACGCCCUGGGGAAUUGUGCCGGAAAGUGGCGGGGUGGUUGGUGGCAUGAGAAUUGCUCUUACGCAUUCCUCAACUCCAUCUACCAUAAUUCCAGCAGCGUAGAAACCCCUGGGCUAGGAGUCAUCUGGCACGAUUGGAAAGGUGCCCAUUAUUCCUUGAAAAAAGCCGAAAUGAAGCUUCGCAAGCCACUCCGGCUCAUCUAACAAGGACUCUGAAAACUAGCCUUAUUCACUCUAUUUUUAUGUUGAAUUACAUAAAAUUUUUAUGAGUGCAAUGCUACAAUUUAAUUUUACGUUUUAAAAAUAUUUUAUAGAAAAUAUAGAAAUUAUUUAUAGAAAAUUUACAGAAUAUGGAAUAAUUUAGAGAUAAAAUCGCAUUUUGUGGGUAUGAA